AUGGGUUGCCGUUGUCUGGACUUUGAAAGUAACGUUAGCGCUGAAGGUCGAUUCCGGGAGGAGCCGAUCCGAAAAAAACUGAGGACAUUCAAUGUCGGCCGGCUGAAGGACGUCGGCAGUUUGGACUUUGUUGGGCUAAACAAUGGAUGUUACAUUCAUUGCCUUUGUAUGGGUGCCCACCUGUUUGUCAAGAACAUCCUGGAAGUGCUCCUCUUGAUCGACAAAAUGUGCCCAGCUCCUGAUAUAUACGGUCUUUCCUGA